AUGACUGGUGAUUUCGGUACGGAGUACAAGGCCAUUCUCAAGAGUCUCGACCCGUCUCAAUUCAAAGGUCAAGCUACCCGUGAGAUCAAUGGAAAAUUAAUAGAGAAGAUCUGGCUGGCCUGUCCAGCCAUGUGUGGUGGAGGUGCCGACCGGGUGAAUUCCAACAAGUUCUACUAUAGCGAGAACGACGUAUUCCACCCUCUAACCGGCUACGCUGGCCGUUAUAUCCCAUAUGGUAUCCGCGAACAUGCCAUGGCUUCUAUUUCGAAUGGAAUCGCCGCUUUCAACCCAGGGACUUUCUUGCCUACAACUGCUACUUUCCUGAUGUUCUAUCUCUAUGCUGCACCAGGUGUUCGAAUGGGUGCACAUUCGCACCUACAAGUGAUCCACUUUGCAACUCACGAUUCAUUCGCCGAAGGGCAAAACGGUCCGACUCAUCAAGCCGUCGAGGUCGAUUCUCUUUAUCGAGCGAUGCCCAACAUCCUGUAUAUCCGCCCUUGUGACGCCGAGGAAGUCAUCGGUGCAUGGGAAAUUGCAAUGGACACACGCACGAAGCCGUCAAUGAUAUCCUUGGGCCGUGAUCCUGUAGGACCUGUUCCUAAUACGAGCAGAAAUAUGGUCUCCAAGGGAGCGUAUAUCCUCCAAAACCCUCCCAACGCAAAACUCACCCUCGUCAGCUGUGGGACAAACCUGCACUAUGCAGCUGCGGCAGCCAUUGCGUUGGGAAAUGAAGGAAUGCCGAUCAAGUUAGUCAGUGCACCCUGCUUCGCUCUGUUCGAUCAACAAGACCAAACGUACCGGAAUGAGGUGUUUGCCUUAGACGGAAAUCCCAUAAUCAGUGUGGAAGAAUACGUGGCAACCACUUGGGCUCGUUACGUGACAGCGAGUAUAGGGAUGAACGGCUACGGUUACUCGGCCUCCAAUCCAAGUAACUAUGAGCGGUUUGGACUCGACACGGCCGGAAUCUUGAGAAAGGUUAAAGCUUAUCUGGGCGAACUUAACGGUCAAAAUGCACGGAUGGCUGGAUGGCGGCGCUUGGAUUAG